AUGCUCAAAAUGUACUCAACUGCAGAAAAUAGCGCAGAAAAGAAGGCACUGAAAUCAAAAAUUCACUCCAUGGCCGGUGAACUGCCAAUAGAGCCCGAAAUGGUAAGUUUCUCAAAGUAUUUUGUGAGGAAUCUUAACAUUUCAGUUCACGGAAGUCGCUGUGUUGGGAAAAUAAAGGUGGAAUCAUACUCCGCUUCGUCUUUUGCUACUGCAGAACACAUCGAAGAAGCGCCAACUCCUGCUGUAGACGACCCUCCAAAAACAGACCGCCCAAAAAAACGUCCCACGACUCAAGAUGUUGCCUCUACUCUACCACCCAAUAAGCAAGGAAUGGUCACGAAAGCAUAUGAAGCAUCUGAAGAUAGAUGA